GCAGACAGAAUUGUAGCAACGCAACAGGGUAUUCCUCUUUUAAUUAUAAUGAUGUCUCGACGAGGCAACACGCUAAUAUUUGGAAAUUUGCUAUUCAACCUGUUCCUCUGGUCAGCCUCAGCAGAAAAUAUUGAAGUGGCUACGAAAACAGGAGUUGUUGAAAGUUUUGAGCAUCCUUUAGUCAUUGGAGGGGGAGUAUAUGUUUUUAUGGGAAUUCCAUAUGCAAAACCACCUGUUGGAGAUCUUCGUUUUAGCAAACCAGUGCCCAUUGAAAGUUGGGAAGGAAAAAUAGGAGGUGAAACUAAACCCAACUCUUGCUACCAAACAGAAAUACAUCAUGAUCAAGAGGUUCAUGACCUGUGGAAGCUAAAAACACCUGUCAGUGAAGACUGUCUUUAUCUGAAUAUCUACGUCCCUCGUAAUUCCACAUUAGGGUUCGGUAUUGACAAUCCCAAGUCUGAAGAUCUGAUUCCAGUGAUGGUGUUCAUCCACGGUGGCAAAUUUCACUAUGGAUCUAGUUCACCUGAUGCCUAUGACGGAGCUGUUCUAGCUGAUGCCACGGAUGUUAUCGUGGUCACUAUGAACUACCGUCUUGGUCCACUGGGGUUUCUCCACCUCAACAACGACGAUAUUCAAGGGAAUCAAGGUUUGAUGGACCAGCAGACUGCACUUCGUUGGGUUAAAGAAAAUAUUGUAUCAUUUGGUGGCAAUCCAGAAAAUAUAACUCUGUUUGGAGAAGGUUCCGGGUCUGUUUGUGUUGGACUUCACCUCAUGAUGGAAGAAAGCAAGGAAUUAUUUCGCCAUGCUAUCAUGGAGAGUAUGAGUCCUUUGUUCCCACACUCCUCCCAUAACUUAGAAGAAGCAAAUGAGCUAAAAACACUUUUGGCUAAGAAGACAGGCUGUACCUCUGAUGACUUCAGUCAACUUCUUUCCUGCCUUCGUGGUGUGAAAGCUGAAAAACUAACAUCCGCCACAGAAGAGAUAAUAGCUGAAGGCCAUGAAAUGCCUUUUGUUCCAACUUACGGUCCAAACAGCAUGAUUCCGAAAUCUCCUAUUGAACUGGCCCAAGAGGGCCACUUUAAUGACGUAGUUUUGCUUAUUGGAACAAACCAGGAUGAAGGCUCAAGAGCUCUUGAAAAUUUUCUUCCAGAAUCUAGAGAAGAAAUCAGUAGAGAUGAUGCCAUUGCUGUAAUUCAGAAAGCGCUUUAUAACAAGAAGCCAGAUACAGUUCAAAAAAUUGUGGACCAUUACAUGAGCAAUGUAGAUCCUUCUAACACCCGAGCAAACUUGCACGCCCUCAGAGAUGCCUUAGGAGACUACUUAUUCAUGUGCCCAAAUUUGUAUUUUACAGAAUAUUUAAGUGAGAGUGGAAAGCUUGCUUACUAUUACUUUUUGAACUUUGUACCAAAAAGAUACCACCGGUUGGAGCUGAUUAACCAAGGGGACGAAGUGGAGUUUGUAUUUGGUUUACCAUUCCAAGAGGUUGGGCUUCAAGAAUAUGCCUCUGCUGAGAGGGAUCUGAGUUUGCGAAUAAUGUCUCACUUUUCAACCUUUGCUGAAAAAGGAAAUCCCUCACUUGCCUUGAACGAGUGGCCAUCUUUUAGCGAAGGAUGGCCAGUCUAUCAGGAGCUCAACACACUCACUCCGAAUUUUGCAUUCAUCUACAAUCACUUUCACUGUGAGUUUUGGCGAGACAUUAUCAACGAGAAGCACUGACGUCCAUAACCCAUUUAUGACUUAUUAAUUACAAAGAAACCAAACUCAUGAACACCGUGAAUUAUUAAACGUCUUGAAAAAAUGUACCAAUCGACUUUCCUCGACAGAGAUUUUGCGAUGACUCCCAGUCAUUUUAAACAUUCUGUUAUGCUGUCAUUUUACUGUUCUUGUUCUGUUUGUAAUGUUUGUUUUAUCUUGUGAGAUAUCAACGGCACUUGUAUAAACAAUAUUAUGGUCAGUUAUUGUUCUUCUGUGAUAUUUUCACGUACUCGUUAUACUAUAUGAAUUACUUUUCUUUAUUUUUUUUUUAUUUUUAGA